UUAGCAGUACACUAUAUAAGAAGGAAGAUCUGAUCCCACCCACCAGUGGGCUGCGGGACGGUGGCGUGCUUGUGGCGGUGCUAAGAAAAUAGCAGAGCCGUACUACCGUACUCGUGCGUUUGACUUCGUUAUUGCUAAGCCCGCACCACCAGCAUGCCUGGCCACGUCAAAAAGAGCACGGGUCCCGAUCCCGACCCCUCUGAAUACCUCUUCAUCUCUCGGGAGCAGAGGAUGAAGGAUCAGUCGAAACCCUACGAUCCUAAGAAGUCCUACUGGUGUCCUGACCCCAAUGAGGGUUUCGUCGAGUGUGAGCUUCAGGGAGCCAAGGGUGAUAAACAUGUCACAGUUAAGCUUCCCACUGGAGAGACAAAGGACUUCAAGAAGGAGCAGGUCGGACAGAUCAACCCUCCCAAGUACGAGAAGUGUGAGGAUGUGUCCAACUUGACCUUCUUGAACGAUCCCUCCGUCUUCUACGUCCUCAAGUCCCGUUACCAGGCCCAGCUUAUCUACACCUACUCUGGUCUCUUCUGUAUCGUCAUCAACCCUUACAAGCGUUACCCCAUCUACACCAACCGUACUGUUAAGAUUUACCAAGGGAAGAGACGUAAUGAGGUUCCUCCUCAUCUCUUCGCAAUCUGCGAUGGUGCUUACGCGAAUAUGAUGCAAGGUAAUUUUAAAUCUGCCAACAGGGGUGAGUCCGGUGCUGGCAAGACUGAAAACACGAAGAAGGUGUUGUCUUACUUCGCAAAUGUCGGUGCCUCCGAGAAGAAAGAUGGCGAGAAGAAACAGAAUCUUGAAGAUCAAAUUAUCCAAACCAACCCCAUCCUUGAGGCUUACGGCAAUGCCAAGACAACUCGUAAUGACAAUUCCUCCCGUUUCGGAAAAUUCAUCCGCGUCCACUUCGCUCCCAACGGCAAGCUUUCCGGCGCUGACAUUGAGGUCUACCUGCUGGAGAAGGCUCGUGUCAUCUCCCAGUCCCCCGCCGAGCGUGGUUACCAUAUCUUCUACCAGCUCAUGUGCGAUCAGAUCGACUACGUCAAGAAGAUAUGUCUGUUGUCGGAUGACAUUUACGAUUAUCACUACGAGUCUCAGGGUAAGGUCACCGUUCCAUCCAUCGAUGACAAAGAGGACAUGCAGUUCACUCACGAAGCUUUCGAAAUCCUGAACUUCUCCAACGAAGAAAGAGAUGACUGCUACAAGAUCACUGCUAGUGUGAUGCACCAUGGCAACAUGAAAUUCAAGCAGAGGGGUCGUGAAGAGCAGGCCGAGGCUGAUGGCACUGAGGCUGGAGAAGUCGUUGCUAAGUUGCUUGGUGUUGACGCCGAGGAACUCUAUAGGAACUUUUGCAAGCCCAAGAUCAAGGUCGGUGCCGAGUUCGUCACCAAGGGUAUGAAUGUCGACCAAGUAAACUACAACAUCGGUGCCAUGGCUAAAGGUCUGUUUUCACGUUUGUUCUCGUGGCUCGUCAAGAAGUGUAACCUGACACUCGAGACUGGCCAGACUCGUGCUAUGUUCAUCGGUGUGCUCGAUAUUGCCGGCUUCGAAAUCUUCGACUUCAAUGGCUUCGAGCAGAUCUGUAUCAACUUCUGUAACGAGAAGCUGCAGCAGUUCUUCAACCAUCACAUGUUCGUAUUAGAACAGGAGGAAUAUGCAAAGGAGGGUAUUGUUUGGCAGUUCGUCGACUUCGGCAUGGAUCUCCAGGCUUGUAUUGAACUCUUCGAGAAGAAAAUGGGUAUUCUCUCCAUCCUUGAAGAAGAGUCCAUGUUCCCGAAAGCCACCGAUAAGACUUUCGAAGAGAAGCUCAACAAUAACCAUCUCGGAAAGUCUCGCUGCUUCAUCAAGCCAAAACCCCCAAAAGCCGGCCAGCCUGACAACCACUUUGCCAUUGUUCACUACGCUGGCGUUGUGUCCUAUAACCUGACUGGCUGGCUUGAGAAGAACAAGGAUCCUCUCAACGACACCGUCGUCGACCAGCUUAAGAAGGCCUCCAACGCGUUGACGGUUGAACUCUUUUCUGACCAUCCGGGCCAGUCUGGUGAUGCUGGAGGAAAAGGUGGUAAAGGUGGCAAGCAGCAAACUGGCUUCAAGACAGUAUCUUCUGGAUACAAGGAUCAGUUAAGCAACUUGAUGAAAACGCUCAAUGCUACUCACCCCCACUUCAUCCGCUGUAUUGUUCCAAAUGAGUUCAAGAAACCUGGUGAAGUAGACGCUGGCCUUAUUAUGCAUCAGCUGACUUGUAACGGUGUGCUUGAGGGUAUCCGUAUCUGCCAGAAAGGAUUCCCCAACAGGAUGCCUUACCCUGACUUCAAAAAAAGAUAUAACAUCCUAGCCGCUAAAGAGAUGAUUGAAGCGAAGGACGACAAGAAGGCAGCUACAGCUUGCUUCGAAAAGGCCGGUCUUAAUCCUGAAUUGUACCGAACCGGCAACACAAAGGUAUUCUUCCGUGCUGGUGUCCUGGGCACCCUUGAAGAAGUCCGUGAUGACCGCGUGAUGAAGCUAGUAGCAUGGCUUCAAGCAGUUAUCCGUGGUUUUAUCAGCCGCAAAUAUUACUCAAAAAUGCAGAAGCAGCGCACUGCCCUUCUUGUUAUGCAGCGCAACCUCAGGAAGUAUCAGAUUAUGCGAUCCUGGCUCUGGUAUGAGCUUUGGAUUAAGCUGAAGCCCAGGCUGAAGGCUACUCGCGCAGAAGAAGAACUAGAAAACCUGGAAGCUCUUGCAGUAAAGGCUGAAAAAGAAUUCGAAAAAGAAGUGAAGGUUCGGGAAGAACUUGAAGCUAAGAAUGCAGCUCUUCUCCUGGAGAAGAAUGAACUUCUGGCGGCUGUAGAGUCAUCCAAAGGUGGAAUGUCUGAGUUCCAUGAGAAGCAAGCCAAAUUGCAAGCGCAGAAGGCAGAGCUUGAAUCUCAGCUGAAUGAAACUCUCGAACGCUUGAGGAAAGAAGAAGAGGCACGCAACCAGAUUGCCAAUGGAAAGAAGAAAUGUGAACAAGAGGUUGAUAACUUGAAGAAGGAGCUUGAAGAACUCGAACUUUCUGUUCAGAAGGGCGAGCAAGACAAGCAAACCAAAGACCAGCAGCUUACAAACCUGAACGAUGAGAUAUCUCAUCAGGAAGAACUUAUCAGCAAGGUUAACAAGGAAAAGAAGCACCUCCAGGAAUGCAAUCAAAAGACUGCUGAAGAUCUCCAGGCUAUCGAGGAUAAGUGCAACCACCUUCACAAGGUCAAGAGCAAGUUGGAAGCUAACCUGGACGAACUCGAAGAUACACUCGAACGCGAGAAGAAGCUCCGCGCCGAAGUUGAGAAAUCAAAGAGGAAGGUUGAGGGUGAUCUCAGACUGACACAGGAAGCUGUUGCUGAUCUGGAACGUAACCACAAAGAACUUGAAAUGGCCGUAGAACGGAAGGACAAGGAACUUGCUGCUAUAACUGCCAAGAUUGAGGAUGAACAGGCUCUUGUGUACAGGGACCAGAGGCAGGUUAAGGAACUGCAAGCUCGUCUUGAGGAGCUUGAGGAGGAAGUUGAGCAUGAGCGUCAGGCCCGUGGCAAGGCCGAAAAAGCCAAAAAUGUUUUGUCUCGCGAGCUGUCAGAACUUGGAGAGCGACUGGAUGAGGCUGGUGGCGCAACCGCGGCUCAGAUCGAAAUCAACAAGAAGCGUGAAGGUGAACUGGCUAAGGUCCGCCGCGAUAUUGAGGAGUCCAACCUUCAGCAUGAGGCAGCUCUUGCCACUCUCCGCAAGAAGCAUAACGAUGCCGUUGCCGAGAUGUCUGAGCAAAUUGACUACCUCAAUAAGAUGAAGGCAAGGUCUGAGAAAGAUAAGGAAGCCAUUAAACGUGAUGCUGAUGAUGCCAAGGCUUCUAUGGAUUCACUUGCUCGCGAUAAGACAACCGCUGAGAAAACCACUAAGCAGCUCCAGCAUCAGUAUAGUGAAAUCUGUGCUAAGUUAGACGAGGUCAAUCGCACCCUGGGUGAUUUUGAUGCAGCCAAGAAAAAGCUUGCCUGUGAGAACGCUGACCUUGUUCGUCAGCUGGAAGAAGCUGAAAAUCAGGUCGGUCAGCUCUCCAGGCUCAAGCUUUCUCUUACCAACCAGCUGGACGACUCGAGGAAACUCUGUGACGAAGAAAGCAGGGGACGUGCCACUCUCCUGGGUAAGUUCCGCAAUCUGGAGCAUGAUAUUCAAGCUCUCCGUGAUCAACUGGAUGAGGAGAGUGAUGCCAAGGGAGAUGUUCUCCGAAUGCUCUCCAAGGCUAACGCUGAGGCUCUCAUGUGGCGCUCCAAGUACGAGUCUGAGGGUGUUGCCCGUGCUGAGGAACUCGAGGCUGCUCGUAUGAAGCUCGCCGCUCGUCUUGAGGAGGCCGAAAUGCAAAUUGAGUCCCUCAAUGUGAGGAACCUGCAUCUCGAAAAGACUAAAAUGCGUGCUGCUGCUGAGCUGGACGACCUCCAAGCUUCUGCUGACCGUGCACAGGGCCUGGCCAAUGCUGCUGAAAAGAAGCAGAAGAACUUCGACAAGAUCAUUUCCGAAUGGAAACUGAAGGUAGAUGACUUGGCUGCUGAGGUAGAUGCCUCUCAGAAGGAAUGCCGCAACUACUCCACCGAGCAUUUCCGCCUGAAGGCCGCAAAUGAUGAGAACAUUGAACAGCUUGACAGCAUUCGCCGAGAGAACAAGAACCUGAGUGAUGAAGUCAGGGAUUUGGUGGAUCAGAUUGGUGAGGGUGGCCGAGCAUACCACGAAGCUCAAAAGAGUGCCAGGCGCCUUGAACUAGAGAAGGAAGAGCUACAGGCUGCUCUUGAGGAGGCUGAGGCAGCUCUUGAACAAGAGGAGAACAAGGUCCUCCGAACACAGCUUGAGCUCAGCCAGGUCAGGCAAGAAAUCGAUAGACGUGUUCAAGAGAAGGAAGAAGAAUUCGAAAACACUCGCAAGUGUCACCAGAGAGCUAUCGAUUCCCUUCAAGCUUCCCUUGAGGUUGAAGCCAAGGGUAAGGCUGAGGCUCUCCGCAUGAAGAAGAAGCUUGAGUCCGACAUAAACGAGCUCGAGAUUGCCCUUGACCACGCCAACAAGGCAAACUCGGACCUUCAUAAGCACUACAGGAAGAUUCAGGAUGACGUUAAGGAUAUGGAAGCCCGUGUUAAGGAGGAGCAGCGCCUUGCCUCCGAGUACCGAGAACAGUAUGGCAUUGCUGAACGCCGUUUCAACGCCCUGCACGGAGAGCUGGAAGAAUCCCGCACUCUCCUGGAACAGUCUGACCGUGGCCGUCGUCAUGCCGAGACCGAGCUCAACGAUGCACGUGAUCAGAUCAAUAACUUCACCAACCAGAAUGGUGCUCUCGCUGCCACAAAGAGGAAACUUGAAGGAGAAAUGCAAACUCUCCAGGCUGAUCUCGAGGAAAUGCUUAGUGAGGCGAAGAACUCUGAGGAGAAGGCGAAGAAGGCAAUGCUUGACGCUGCACGUCUGGCCGAUGAACUUCGCUCUGAGCAGGAACAUGCUCAAGUCCAAGAGAAGAUGCGUAAAGCCUUGGAAGGUACCGCGAAAGAUCUCCAGACCCGUCUUGAGGAGAGUGAGGCUUCUGCCCUGAAGACUGGCAAGAAGGCAAUAAGCAACCUCGAAGGACGCAUUCGUGAUCUCGAGUCUGCGCUGGAUGAUGAGACC